CUGGGCCUGAGUUGGAGACAACUGAAGGGUACUGGGCCAAGGCCAAGGGCUCAGGCUACAUAUAGGCUCAGCUUCAGAGCCUGGUAGCUGUGGCUGGUGGGGGUGUCCACUGUGUGGCUCAGCAUGGGCCUGGAGCUCUAUCUGGACCUGCUGUCAGCAUCUUGCCGUGCUGUCUAUAUCUUUGCUAGGAAAAACAGCAUCCCCUUUGACUUCCAGUUUGUGGAUCUGCUAAAAGGUCACCACCACAGCAAGGAAUACAUAGCGAUCAACCCCUUGAAGAAGCUACCCAGCCUCAAAGAUGGAAAAUUUGUCUUAUCUGAAAGUGUGGCCAUCCUUUUCUACCUGUGCCGCAAGUACAGCACACCCUCGCACUGGUACCCACCAGACCUGCACACACGUGCCCGCGUGGAUGAGUUCAUGGCCUGGCAGCACACUGCCAUUCAGCUACCCAUGACCAAGAUCCUCUGGAUCAAGAUGCUGAUUCCAAUGAUCACAGGCGAGGAGGUUCCAGCAGAGAAGACAGAGCAGAUGCUGGCCGAGGUGAAGAACAGCAUGCAGCUCUUCGAGGAGAAGUUUCUGCAGGACAAGAUGUUCAUCACCGGGGACCACAUCUCACUGGCUGACCUGGUGGCCCUGGUGGAGAUGAUGCAGCCCAUGGGAAGCCAGUAUAACGUCUUCCUCAGUAGCUCCAAGAUAGCUGAGUGGCGCAUGAGGGUGGAGCUGGCUAUUGGCUCUGGCCUCUUCUGGGAGGCCCAUGACCGGCUGAUGAAGUUGGCAGAGUGGGACUGUUCAACACUGGAUCCAAUGGUCAAGGAGAAGAUCUGCGAGUUGCUGCAGAAGUUCAAGUAGAAGCAGCCCAUCCUGCAGGGCCCGGCUGGCUCAGCCCUUUUGAGCUUCCUUCCUUAGAGGAGGUGUUAAAAACAACCUCAUUUCUUUGCUGAAUAAAGUACUAUAACAACCACCAUGGCUUCUGAGCCUGGA